GUAGCCUAACACUGACAGGAAGCCCAAGGCUCCGACUGACACCCGGCCAUCUGAACUAGCCAGUCAGAGCUCACCGUUUAUCAGUCAGGAGCAACGGCAACACCCUCGGCCGCUUGUUGAUCUGUCGUCCAGCGAUGUUCCCGGGAAAACGGACUGCGGACUCGGGUAAAUUUAGAAUUUCCAUCGAGUGCGAGUGAGCCGUGGGACAUGUAUCGUUUGGAGACAACUCGAAUACAGGUUCAUUUCACUCACAGGAUCUCCUGUCAUCAUUAUCGAACGCGAUUUUGAAUCACUAAAGAUGGAACAUGUCAAUACUGAACGUUCGGGCUUCACAAGGCCUCCGCCCGUGCUGUGGGUCUUUCGCAGAGACGAUGUCUAAGAAACUCACGAGAAACAUUCUCCUUGCCCAUUCGAUGUAUUUUGCGACAGAACACUGCAUCGUCCACUAUAGGAGUGAAAAGUUCAAGAAUCGCUCAUCUGAUAGUCGCUGCUUCGAUCUAGUUCUUCUG